GUACAUUUCGCAUAUUCCUCACCAACUAUGGUCAAGUACUAGCGUCCGCGUGUGAAAAUGUUGCAACUUGCUACAACAACUUUUACAUAGAAAAUUUUGAAAACAUUGUCAGUUACUAUUUCAUAUAUAUGAUCCGUGCUGAAUUUCAGGUAAAAGAAAACUUUAUAUUGUGCCUUUAAAAGGUUGUUAUUAAGAAUACAUAGGACUUGAGAAUGCCUUAUAUCAAAUCUAUUGUGUACGGUCAUAUAUUAGAAAUAUUGUUUAACGUGCAACCAUCAACUUUGCCGGAAAACAUUGGGAGUUCUGUGAAUAAAGAAACGCAACACAAAAUUCGAACAAUUCUAAACCCGCUGAUUGUAGAAAUCAAAAAUCGCUUACCACCAGCUCUUAUCACAAAAGCGACAUUAAAUAAGGCCCCUUUCGAUAUAAUGCCAGUUUUUAGACAUAUAUUGUCUAAAUACGAAUCAAUGAUUGAAGCGAAACAGGAAGUAACAACAUCGAUACAACUACCAUUAACUUUACCACAACAGUCCGAUUUAUUGCAACAAACUGAAGAUUCAAAUCAGUCACGGAAAAGGCCUAAAAAGAAGGAAUCAUCAAUAAAGAAUAAGAUCUCAAAUGCGCAUAAAGAUAAAGAGAAACGAUUACAACCACCAAGGCUGUUCAGUUUAUUUCCGAAUCCAAGCUUAAAAUGGCGAUUUAUCAAAAUUGAUAAUCAAAACCUACAUGCGAAGUCUUUAAGGCCAAGCAAACUUGCAUUCAAUUGGUCUAUGAAAGAGAACCCGACCACCGAAUCGCUAAGCACGAAUCACCAUGUUAAUCUAGCUCGAUGAGCCACUUCAGUCUACUUUUACAAGAAAAGCAUUGCUUGAUAAGCAGAACAGAGUAGGUGGCUUAAACCUGAAGACAGAGAGAGUAAAGAACCAUAUGUAUAUAUAUAUAUAUAUUGGUGAAAACACUGUAUCCGAGUGCCACACCAGGCAUUUCUAUUUGAUGGAUUUUUUUAACACCAGCAAAAU